GGACUAUCAGUCCCGUUACGACCUCCGACCAAACAACCCGCGAGAGAUGCCCCCAAACAAUCGCAAACCGCUCGAGUGAAGAAGCGCGCCAGUGACAACAGUCCCUCUACUUGUACAUCUUUAACACACGCCGAAGACUCCAUGGUCACGUUGUCGCACACAAAUCAGAGCAUCCAGCUUGCCCAUCGUCACGCCCGUCAAGCAGCUCAUGCAGUUCUCUUUCAACAUUUCAACCACGAAGUCGCAUCAAAGCUUGCAUGGCUAGACGGGCCCAACAACCCAUGGCGAACCCUUGUGCUCCCUCUUGCACAACGCUCGACCUGCUUGCAGCUAUCAACCCUGGGACUGGCAGCAGCCCACAUGUCCGUCGUGUCUCCCCAAGAUAAGCCAGCCCUUGUGCAGAUACACCGAGAUCUUCGAGACGCAACUCUUUACUACCUGAAUCGUCACAUGGAAUCUGAGCUGAAGCGCGAAGUGACGCGGUGUGAUAAGAAUACUGAAGUCUCGGUUCUCAUUGAGAUCAUUCUCACCAUGAUCUCUCUGUGCUAUGCAGAAAUGUUUAUACCAAACUCUACGGGAUGGAGACUCCACCUGAGCGGUGUACGCACAGGAUUUGAGAGAUAUGACCUUGAAAACCCACACGAAGAGUUAAUUUCUCAGUUCUUCGUGGAAGAGCUUGACUACUUGGAGGCCUUCGGUAGUAUCUCUGCAUUCACCUCAACUUUGAGACGCCCUAAGCACAUCUCACAGCACGCAACUUCUGACGACUAUUUUAAAGAGUUUACUGAAGCACUUUAUGAGAUAACGGUUACCGAGAGAAACCAAAAUCGUGCUUCUCAGGCAGUCAAGGUGCUUGCUGGCACUAGUAUGUCCAUAUGGCAAGACAGGCUCAUGUGUUCCUAUAGCUCCGUCUGCGCCCGUAUUGAUUCUACCCCGUCACAAGAUAUCACCCUGCAGAUAGGCCUCAAAUCUGUUCUCAAAGCACAAUACUACGCCUGUCUAGUGUACAGCUACCAAGCACUUGCUUCCGAUCUCGAGAAGACAGCCGCUAUUCCCCCGCUAGUUGAUUGUCUAUACAACGAAAUCAUCUUCAUGACAUCCUGGCCAACAGAGUCUGUUUCGCACAAUAUAUCAUUUCCACUGUUCAUACUCGGAACAGUCAGUCAGUUACAUACCGAAAAGCAAGUUAUGAUCGAGAGACUCUUCACUGAGAACAUAGCUGCGACAGGUUUCUCAUGUAAUUCGGCAGUAUUACAAUUUCUGAGAGACUUUUGGAGCGCAACAGCAGCUGUGUCAGCUCAAAACUGGAUACAGUAUGCAAGAGACAACGAGCAGCGGAUAAGCCCAUUCAUUGUGUUCUAAUCUAUUGGCGAUGGACUUUACAUGAGCACUGUCUCUUCAUCCUCAACUCCAAACAAUACCUUCAUUGGGUCUUGGUAGUUCAUGAAUCCCAAAGAUGGUUUACAAACCCCAUAACCUAGCAAUCUUUGCGCUUGCGGUGUGAGCUGCCUUGCUCGCUCCAGUGGAACCAUGAGGAAUUGGUUCUCAGCAGGACGGAGCGUGGGCUUGCAGAGGAAGAUACCAACUGUUUCACGAUACUCGUUUUGGGUAAUAUUCUGCCCGCCAGC